AUGGCUAGUCAAAUGUAUGCUCCUUCAUGGCUUAUCCUGAUCAGCCUCACUUGUGCUCUGCUUAUUAGCUGCAUCGGAGCAUCUGACGGAGAUCAAGAGGAGUACAUUGUAUACAUGGGUGACCGCCCCAAGGGUCAUCUCUCUGCGUCAUUCCUUCAUACGAGAAUGCUACAAGAAGUUGUUGGCAGUAGGGCAUCGGAAUCCUUACUCUAUAGCUACAAGAGGAGCUUUAACGGUUUUGUAGCAAAGCUAACAAAGGAAGAGAAGGAGAAAAUAGCCAGCAUGAAAGGAGUAGUGUCUGUGUUCCCUAAUGACAAGAUGGAACUCCACACAACAAAGUCAUGGAACUUCAUGGGCCUCCGCAAAGGAGUUACAAGAAGGGUCGACGUUGAGAGCAACAUCAUUAUCGGAGUGUUUGACACUGGGAUUUGGCCUGAAUCUGAGAGUUUUGAUGACACCGGAUUUGGUCCGCCUCCAAGCAAAUGGAAGGGAUCUUGCCAAUCCUCGGCAAAUUUCACUUGCAACAAUAAACUUAUAGGAGCUAAAUACUACUUUAGUUCCGGAGGAUCAUUACCUGAAAAAGAGGUUCUUUCACCAAGAGAUGUAGAUGGUCAUGGGACACACACUGCAUCUACAGCAGCCGGGAGCUUAGUGAAGGGCGCAAGCUUAUUAGGGUUGGGCAAGGGUACAGCAAGGGGAGGGGUUCCCUCGGCUCGGAUUGCUGUGUACAAGAUAUGUUGGUCUGAUUAUGGUUGUGCACACGCGGAUAUCCUUGCAGCAUUUGAUGAUGCAAUUGCUGAUGGAGUUGACAUAAUAUCACUUUCGGUUGGGGGUUCUGCGGCGGAUUACUUUCAAGAUUCCAUUCCAAUUGGAGCUUUCUAUGCUAUGAAGAAUGGAAUACUAGUAUCCAAUUCUGCUGGUAAUUCAGGUCCUAGACCUGGUAGCGUCGCAAGUAAUGCACCAUGGUUCCUAUCUGUGGCUGCUAGUACCAUAGACAGAAAGUAUACGACAAUAGUGAAGUUGGGCAACAAUAUGUCUUAUGAGGGAAUCUCUAUAAACACUUUUAAGCUUGACCAUCAGUACCCUCUAGUUUAUGCUGGGGACGUACCCAAUACUCAAGCAGAUUAUGACGGAACUCAAUCCAGGUACUGCAUGUUCGAUAACUCAUUGGACCCAACUUUAGUGAAUGGCACAAUCGUCCUAUGUGAUUCGAUGACUAGCGGAGAAGUACAACUCGGCGCGGGUGCAAAAGGUACCAUAAUGAACAAUGACGGCUUCCAAAGUUUUGGCAGAACUUUUCCUUUGCCUGCCUCCUACUUGCAGGAGAACGAUGGUGUUAGUGUUCGCGAGUACAUAAAUUCAACUCGUAACCCAACUGCAUCAAUAAUGAAGAGUAAGAGGACCAAAGAUAAAUUGGCUCCAUAUGUGAUUACAUUUUCAUCAAGAGGACCGAACCCAAUUACAAGAGACAUUCUCAAGCCUGACCUAACUGCUCCUGGAGUGGAAAUUCUUGCUGCAUGGACACAGGCUAAAACUGUGACCGGAAGGGAGGGAGACAAAAGAGUGGUUCCAUACAAUAUAAUCUCCGGCACAUCCAUGUCUUGCCCACAUGCUACCGGAGUAGCUGCUUACGUGAAAUCUUUUAACCCUGGAUGGUCUCCUGCUGCUAUUAAGUCUGCUCUUAUGACAACUGCUACCCCAAUGAGCAGUGUUACUAACCCUGAUGCUGAGUUUGCAUAUGGGGCAGGUCAUAUUGAUCCUGUAAAAGCUACAAAACCUGGUUUAGUAUAUGAUGCCGGAGAGCUUGACUAUGUGAAAUUUUUGUGUGGUCAAGGUUAUAGCGACGAGUUAUUGAAAUAUGUCACUAAUAGCAGUUGCUCUCAAGACAACAUUGGGACCGUUUGGGAUCUCAAUUAUCCUUCCUUUUCUUUAUCUUUUCAGUCUGAAAAUCCCAUCACCCGUGUCUUUCAUAGGACCGUCACAAAUGUUGGUUCACCGGUGUCCACUUACAAGGCAAUUGUGACAGUCCCUGAAGGACUUGCAAUCUUAGUUGAGCCAAAUGUCCUAGCAUUCAGGUCACAAGGUCAGAAGCAAUCAUUUGUGGUUACAAUCACAGCAACCAUGGAUAUGGAUAAGAAUAUACUUUCCGGGUCAUUGGUGUGGGAUGAUGGGGUGUAUAAAGUGAGGAGCCCCAUUGUGGCACAUUCUCCUAUUGUGGAGCAUUCUUCCUCUUGA